AUGGCCAAGAAUCUCCUUACGACGCUUAUAGUUACUGUUUACUUUCCUGAAGUGGCCUUGUUACCGGACGGUAUGAUCAUUGAGCAUUCUUUCAUCUCCGAUCCGACCCUUGAUCACCUUGUUGACCAAUUUGACCGGGAAGAACAAAAAACUCUUUUUGCGCUCUAUGCUCAAUUCAAUUCGACACUUGUCGCACGGUAUUGCCGUACUGUUGUCGAGCUCGUUUUCGAUUUCCUCAGCGAUGAUGAUCGAGAGCUGUGGUUCAAGGGAUUAAGCCGAUCACUGGAAGCGUUGACACCUCGUCGUCGCACGGAGGCUACUGUCCUACUUAACAACCCCGAGGCUAGUCGGGCAGAGGUAGAGGCUGCAGGGGAGGCGGAUCGAGCGCUGACCGCUCAAAUCGAUGCAAUGGUAGGACGCACUCCUCAAUUAUUGACGAAAUGUGGUCAUGUCAUUCGCAUUCAAGCCCAAGACGAUCACAGAGAUACAACUUUAUUUGAUGCGACGAUGAGGAUUUUGAAUCGUUCCCAGAUCACUCUACAAAGCAUCGAGUGGAUCAGUUCAUUUGGUUACGACUUUGCUCUCGCGUGCCAUAGAAACUACAACGCAUUGAACGGUCCGCUUGUGAAGCACUGGCUGGAGGACUCACCAUCGGGCACGGAUUUGGACAUCUGCAUGAGAGAGCUAGAGGGAGGAGGUCUAUCCGGAAUGACCAAGUGGCGAUUGGCAUUGUUCGCAUCAGUGUGGCACCGGGCUCGUGUAAUGACCACGAAUGCUCUUGAUGCGGAAGCCAAGGUCCUUCUGGAUUUAUGUGAGGUGUUUGCGACCCCGGUUCCCCGGAUGGAGAAAUACCUGGACGCUCGACUUCUGGAUCUCUUUCAACACCAUAAGAGAUACACGGCGGCAGUGGAUAGUCUUCUUGACCCUUUGAUAACUAUGGGCCAUUGA